UAUUGCGCAUGUGUCUGUUGUCAGCGCAUCAGAUGACAGAUUCCAAACAAACAAAAAAAAACAAAAUGCCAAUUUUUACAUACCUUUCACCUGCGCAAACGCAAAUAGAAACUGCGCACCUGUUAUGUACACCUGUGUUUUGUUUUGUGGGAGUUACAAAAGUUGUGUAUCUAGAUAAUUAUUAAUCAAUGGCUUCGGCCCUUUUGUCAAUAUGCAUUACAUUUGUAUUUGUGUGCACAUUCACUCAAAUACUACUUUACUAUUUUCAAAUAUUCGGCCAUUCUUGUAUAUUAUUUAUUCUUUCAUUUUUGACAAGUGGUUUAAUUUUUUAAGGGGUGUUUAUUAAUACACUCUCUAAUUACGAUUUACAAAAAUAAUUAUCAAUAAAGCCUUACAAAUAUUACAUUACUUUUUAAAAAACGAAACUAUUAUAAUUCCAUGGCUAAAGUUAAUGAGGCCAUCACACCAACAAUUUCAUUAAAUGAACAACUUGUGGAUUUCGAUGAUCGAAACGAUGGACUAGCUGACGAUGAUUCAUGGGUUGAAAACACUAGCCAAUGUGAUGAAAAUUUAAAAGAAUUUGAUGAUAUGGUUGAUGAUGAUGAUGAUGUUGAUGAUGAUGAAGAUGAAAAUGAUGAUAACCAAUUACUAUCAUCAAGUUUAAAUAAUGAUUCAAAAAAUCUAACAGGAUAUUGUCAUAAUUCUGUUGAUUUUACAUUGCACACAAUUGUCGAAGAAAGUUGUGAAGACAGUGAAGUCGAAGGUUCUUAUGACAAUAAUAAAUUCGACAAUGAAAACGAUAUUAGACCUGGGAGUGUCUCUCCCACCGAUUUGGAACGAUAUUUUUUUUAUGAUUUUGAUGAUCAGGCUAUCAGUAAACAAAAUUAUAUGGAAGAUAGUUCUUCUGAGAUUUUUAGCGAUUUAAGUGAUAGUACAGAACAAAUUACAACAAAAACUGAAGGAGAAACACCUCCUCAAUGUAACCCAGCUACUCCAAGUUUAGAAAACUACUUUCUAUCUGAAUUCAUGGGAUUCAGUGCAGAUAUCAAAUCUGAUAGUAGUGUGGGUAGUGACAGUGAAGGUCAACAAAGUUUGGGCCAACGAAAGAAAAGGCUUAGAGCUAGACGAACGCCCAGAUCAAAUCAUUCGUCAUUUGAUAACUUGCUUGAAACUGUUGAGCAAGGUGGCGCCGCUGGCGAACAAUCAAAUGAGAGUUUAGGCUCUUCUGAAUCAGACAACGAUAAAUUCCCAAAUGAGGGAAUAACAUGUGAUAAUUUAGAUAAUAUUAAUUUGGUAAAACGUAAAAAGAAUUAUAGAAAACGUGAUUCCUUUGAAUCGACAACGACUGCAUUGUCGUCAUCUUCUUUAGGAGGAUCUGGUAAAAAUAGUAAAACUCCUUUAUCAAUUUUGAUAACAAAAAAUCAACAAAAAUCUAGUAUUGACAAUUUACAAUUACAAGAAAAAGAUAUAAAAUCAAUUAAUAAAAGACAAUUUCCAUCCACAACAACAACAACAACAACAACAACGAAAUCAUCUCUUGCACGAACUGAUAGUUUUAAUAAUUGGAGUUCCGAUGAGGAAACUAACAUUAUGAUGUCAAGAAUGAAACAGUUCUUUAAAACACUUGUAGCUGUAAAAACAAAUAAUCCCAAUAAUUGUAUUUCCUCCAACUCCUCCCCAGAUCAACAGAGUAGAGGAGUUCUUUGUAAAUCGGAAGCCAUUCAAUUUCCAUAUCUUGAAAAUGAACUUAUUCGUUUAAUGAAAACUGUUCCCGGGAUAAAUAAUCAACAAUUAAGAGAAAUUGUUGAAUAUUUUAGUAGCGAAGAGGCAUGGUCUGAUUCAAAUGAUUCAUCAGAUUUAAAUGGAACUAAUAUUGAUUUAGUUUAUAAUAAGAAUCAGAAAGAUUCUAAUAAUGAUGAUGGUAAAUGUAGUAGUAGUAGUAAUAGUAAAAUUGAAAAAUCUAACUUUGAUGAAUUGCAAACUGCAAAUGAUAAUCGAAAUUCAUUUUUAGGACCAGAAAUAACACUAGUUUAUACUAAUUUAUUUGAAUCAUUUGUUGUUAAAAAUUGUAAAAUAAAUCCUAAAGUAUUAUUAAUAGAUAAUAAUGAAUAUGAUCAACCAAUUUGUCAAAAUGUAAAAACUGAGCAAUUACUUGUAAAUAUUUGGCAACAUAUUGGACAAAAAUUGAUAAAUUUAAUGAGAGAAGAUAGUAUUAGACCUGAUUUUGUAUCGACAUCAAAUUCAGAAAAUAAUAUAACAGAAAUAUCGAAUUUAAAUGAAAGAGAAACAAAUUCGAACAAAAAUACUAAUGAAGAAAUUAUAUCAUUAGUGGAUAAUCAUAAUCAACAAACUAGCUUACUUCGUAGUCAUUCACAUGAUUUAUUAUUGGGAACAACAACUACAACAAAUAAUCGAAAUUGGCAUUCGUAUUCGAAUAGUGCUGUGAAUGAUAACACAGGCGAGACGAGUGAUUGUGAUCGAUUUUCAUGGCGAGGUAGUUUUGAAUCGGCGUUAUUAGCGCCAGGAGAUUCUAGGAAUAAACUAUUAACUACUGGUCGAGAAAGUAAUUCACGUAUAUCACAAUGGUCAUUAUUAGAAAGAGGAUCUGUCGACAAUUUGUGGUGUACAAAUGUUCAAAAUCGAAAACAUUUAAAUCGAGUUCAAAGUUGUGGCAGUAUAGCGGGAAAAGAAGAUUUAAAUAAAUGUCUCGAAGUUAAGAAAUUAUGGUUAUCGACAUAUGUAACGAAUAAAACGAAUGAAGAAUCUUUUGCAAUCAAAACAAUACAAGACAAUAAGCUGUGUACGAAUUCUUUACCGAGGCUACAAUCAUUCCAAGAUUCUGUUAUUGAAUCGAAUAAUUCUGAAUAUACUGCAACAAGUGUUUCGCAGUUGAAUGUUAAAAGUGCACGUUAUCGUUCGCCGGCAAUGCAAUCGAAUAUAAAUUCGAUAUCAUGUAAAACAAAAGGUGAACGGCUAUAUGGAAAUAAUAGUUUACAUAAAAACAUUACAUCUAGUAUAUCUCUCGGUGACUUUUCUCUAACGGAACUUAAUGGCAAUGUCGAUAAUUCCCCUAUUUUACAAAGGAAAUCAUUAUACAAAAGGAAUAAGACUAAUUUCAGAGGACGAUCUGAAUCUUUAACAAGUGUGUGCUCUGAUUAUCGUUAUGAGAACGUUAAAGUUAAAGGGCAAGUAGAAUUUGGUAUGCAAUAUAAUUACAAAAUAAAUGCCUUAGAAAUACAUAUCGUGCAAUGUAAAGAUUUGGCAGCGGUUUCCUCAAAAAGAUGUAAAAGCGAUCCAUAUGUUAAGGUAUAUCUUUUACCAGAUCUUUCUAAAUUAGGAAAACGUAAAACAAGAGUGAGGAAACAAACACUAAAUCCUAUAUUUGACGAGACUUUGCGUUUUCAUUUACCAAUUUCAAAAUUAAAGAAAUGUUCUAUUUGGCUAACAGUUUGGAAUUCAGAUUUACUUGGUCGAAAUGAUUUCUUGGGUGAAGUUAUUGUAAAGUUGGAAGAUAAAGUUUUUGAUAAACCCCAGCCGGAAUGGUACACUUUGCAGCAGAAGAGUGAGAGACUGGAAACCGAUUCAACUUAUUAUGGGGAUUUAGUUGUGGCCCUUAAAUUUACUACCAGCGAAAUAUAUGAAGAACCAAGUAGUAAGAAUGUAAACCCAAAGCCUUUCGCAAAAGGAAAACUUCAUAUAUUAGUGAAGGAAGCGAAAUAUCUUUUUUCUAAUAGAACAAAAGGUACUUGGGAUACGUUUUGCAAAAGUUACUUACUUCCGAAUCGAAGUAAAAGUAGUAAACAAAAAACACAUGUUAUAAAAAAGUCUUCCAAUCCAAUGUGGAACUUCACUUUUGUCUACGAAGACUUAACAGUGAGUGAACUUUCAAAGAGAGCGUUAGAAUUAACCGUUUGGGAUCAUGAUCGAUUGAUAAGUAAUCAGUUCAUUGGUGGUGUGAGAUUUUCUUUAGGUACGAAUAAUGGAAACGAAGACAGCGGCAUAAAAUCUUAUGAAAAGGAAACACUUUUGUGGCGCGAGAUGAUAAACCGUCCAAAUUUUUGGGUUGAAGGGACCGUAAAAUUAAGAUUAAAUUUAAAUGACAAUAAAGAACAGAGCAAUGAAACAUGACAAGCAAUUGAAAUUAAAUAUAUGUAUAUGUAACAAAAUA